AUGAUUCAUGCAAGUACGACAUACGUGAUGCGUGAACAAUCAGAAUGUUUAGGUAAUGGAAAUUGUCUUCUACAUGCUGUACUCUUGGCUAUGGUGGGUAUUCACGAUUUGAACCUUCAUUUACGUGAUCGACUAAAAAUUUUCAUGGACAUAAAUGAAAAAUCGCUUAAAACUCAUUGGCAAAUGCAGCGAUUACGAAGUGAUCAAAUGUACGGUGUUCAAUCGGAAGAUAAAGAACUUGAUAGAGUAAGUGUGAACGAUUAA